AAAAAACACUUUAAUCACAUUUUCAAAAAAAAAAACAGAGAGAACCCCUUUGGUCUCUCUCUCGGUUUCUCUCAACCCCACCCUCGGCCGGCCAUGGUCGCCGCCGCAGCGGCCGCAUCCUCCGUGACCCAAGGCCAGCGACGAGUAGAUGGCCUCGUCAGCCCCCGCUUCAGCGUAUUCAAGGGUCGGGGCCUUCUUGAUUCGAGGGUCCGAAAGGAAAUGGCCCGAUCUCUCCCUUUGAAUCCGAAUCCGGCGACGGCGAAGGACCGCCGACGGUGGGGCGGCGGGCCAGAUUCAGGUGUGAGACGAGGUCGACGGUGGUGGCAGAAGGCAUGCGCGAGGAGGCAUUGGGCAAAAGCGGCGGCUAGCUUGAGGCUAGGGUUUGCUAUGCCUUUCUGCUGAAAAUGUUAAUGCUGUGGGCUUGGGUUGGGAUUUGUAAUUUUUUUAGGUUUAAACUUGCUGUUAAUGGACUGUUUUUGUUUUUAUUUGGGUUUAUUUGGCUGGUAUGGGCCCGGGCAGAUUUUGGGCUUUACACUAUUUAUAUUUUUUUAUUUUUAUUUUUAUUUUUUAAAAAUAUUUUAUAAUUUUUAAAUUAUUUAUUGAUAUGACAUAUAAUAAAAAUAAUGUCAUGUUAACAUGAA